AUGUCUACUACAACAAUCGUAUCAGCGCCGGGAAAGGUUCUAGCAGCGGGAGGAUAUCUUGUCCUCGACCAGCAAUAUCCAGGGGUAGUGAUCUCUACAUCUUCGCGAUUUUACACUGUUAUCCAGGCUUCGUCGGGUUCUGCGAAUCAGAUCGUGGUCCGAUCUCCCCAGUUUUAUCAGGCCGAGUGGAGAUAUAUCGUCACCUACAAUGCUGAGGGCAUUCAGGUAAAUCCGCAAGAGGACAGCAUUGGGGGGAAGAAUAAGUUUGUUCACCUGGCGCUCCAGCACACCCUAAAUCUCGUGUCGGAGAUCCAUUCUGUAGCCCAAGUGCAAGAGAGGCUCAUUCAUGGUCUCAAUAUAGCUGCUGUGGGUGAUAACGAUUUCUACUCUCAGCGCGCACAACUGGAGUCGUUAGGUUUACCUAGAACGACAAAAUCUCUCUCGCAAAUCACCCCUUUUUCGCUUAUCACGUCGCUCGUCUCUGCGCUGCUUCUCCAUUUUGCAGCUAUAACUGAGACAGAUUUUGCCAACCUAGAAGGGGAUGGUAGACGCCUCGCCCACAACGCCGCUCAAUUUGUACACUGCCUUGCCCAAGGUAAAGUGGGCAGCGGAUUUGACGUGUCUUCCGCGGUGUUCGGGAGCCAGAUUUACAGGCGAUUUGGCCCUGCCGUUUUGAAUCCCCUUGAUGAAAGGCGAAGUAUGUUAUGUUUUGGGCAUUUCCGCUUCCGGCGUCCUCUGAUUCUUAGUGUUCUGAACUCCAGUGCCUGGGACUACAGUUUCCGGCCGAUCCAACUCCCCCCGUUGACAAGACUGGUACUGGCAGACGUUGAAGCAGGAAGUGAUACUCCUUCUUUGGUCGGUAAGGUGUUAAAAUGGAGAGGACAUGAAGACAGCUGUGAAACAGCGAAGGAUCUAUGGAUGCAGAUUGAUGAAUCGAACCAAUCUCUAGCACGGCAAUUGGAUGCCCUUUCGCAGUUGUAUAUUCAGAACAAAGAUGUAUACGAAGAGACCAUCAGGCAACUUGCUUCUCUGCCUGCACAGGAAUGGGAGAGUAUCUCCAAAGCGUUUUAUGAUUUGCAUCAAACUACCCAGCAAAUACGUAACCUCAUGCGGAGAAUGGGCGACCUUGCUGGCGUUGAAAUUGAGCCUGAGCAACAAACCCACCUACUUGACCAAUCGAUCGAGCAGGCAGGCGUGGUUGGUGGUGGUGUUCCAGGUGCCGGCGGAUAUGAUGCCAUAUGGCUGCUAAUCUGCAGCCCGCCAAGUCUUCCGGACGAGCAACAACCCCUGUGCCGAGUUGAAUCCGUAUGGAGCACCUUCAAUGAAUCCAACGUGACCCCUCUUCUUGCUCAGGAAAGCGUCGCCAAAGGUGCUCGCGUUGUGCAGCUCGACGAAAUACCAGGGCUCAGGGAAGCAAUUCAGCGGCGAUGA